UAGAACAUUUGUUUGUAACAUUGACAUAUAAAAUGAAAACGUGGUUCAAUCAAGGCAUCGGCAUUCUAAAUUAAGGAUUAAGAAAAUAUUGACAAACAGACAAACGAGUGAAAACUGAUUACUUUUUGUAAUAAUUGUCAGGACACGUGAAUGUUACAGGUUGUUUAAUGUUGCAUGUACAAAGUGAAGUUGGCUAUUUACAUAUAGCAACAUAACACUAUGUUCAAACAAUGUUAGUUCUAGUUUUUGCAAUAAUAUUUGUACGCGAUACAAUAUGUUUGGUGACACAAUUUGUAGAGGUUACAAAGUUGCCACUGAACCAUAUCGACGACAUGGACAACUUGGCUCAGUUUGAUGAUGCACAGCACCGAGGCCCGCAGUGGUACGACUACUCCGUGGACCCUAUCGACCUCGCCAGUUCCUUGAACUCUGAGAAAAGUGAAACUAUAUCAAUUUCAAAGGAUUAUUCGUCGACUGAAGAGAAACGAUCGCACGAUUCAGCAUCAGAAACAGAUGAGAAGAGACAAACCUUUCAGAGGUACCGGACCUGUCAUCCUUGUCCUCAAGACAUGUUGAAGAAGUACACGAACAUUGGCAUCAAGUGGAUAUGUGCUGCUUACCAGAACGCCAGGAGAAGCUUCAAGAGUCAGUGCAUGCUGAGAUACAGGAACUGCCAGGAUGGCACCAUGUUUGUUAAGAUCCACGAACAUAAAUGUAAGAAAGACCCGUACCAUGGACGGAGCUGGUUCUAUGGCUACAAAGUAUAGGAGAAACCAAAUAUAAUGUAAACUAUAUAGA